CUCCGUGCAUUGAGUUGUUGUGUUUCUCCGCAGCGCGGUUGAGGAGCCCGAGUUGGAGAUCUCCAUUCGACCUGAAUGGAUUGGCAUGGGGAGAAGCGGAACUCUCAGCUCGGCUAAGCUGCAGCUUUCUAACCGGAUUUCACUUCUCAUAUUUUCCCUGUCCCUCAUCCUUCAACCAGCACUCUGUCAGUCAUGCCGGAUCCAGCGCUGUAACGCGGAAUACGUGUCGUCGUUGUCUCCCGCCACCGGCCACCAGGAGGACACGGCGUCCGAUGUGGACUACUGCACGGCUCUGAGGGCGUACUCCUUGUGCACCAAGCGAACAGCCCGUGGCUGCAGGGGGGACCUCGUUUUCCACUCGGCCGUGUUCCGAAUCAAAGAGCUCUUCGUUCAGCACAACUGCUCCAGCGAGGGUCCGACGGCUUCGGUUAAAGCCCCGAGCACGUCCCGGCCCACGGCGGUGGACACGUGCGAUUUCGAGAGCAGGGCGCUGGCUUCAGGACCGGCGGGCGCAAGAAAGAAAAAGUACGCGCACUGCGGGCUAUUCGGCGACCCUCACCUGCGCACGUUUAAAGACGAGUUUCAGACGUGCAGGGUGGAAGGCGCGUGGCCGCUCAUUCACAAUCGCUACCUCUCCGUUCAGGUCACUAACGUUCCAGUCGUGGAGGGAUCGAGCGCCACGGCAACCAACAAGAUAACGGUUAUAUUCAAAGCGUACCGCGACUGCACUGAGCAGAAGGUGUACCAGGCCACCACAGAGGACGUUCCCUCCGCCUUCCAGGACGGCACACGCAGCGGGGGCCACACGGACAGCCUGCGCAUCACCGAGAGCAGCGGACACAGUGGCGUGCGCCAGGUCACCAUCAACGCCCGCUACUUGGGCGCCUCCAUUAUUGUGCGUCGGGUCGGCCGCUACCUCACCUUUGCCAUCCGCGUUCCCGAAGAGAUGGUGGAGGAAAGUGGUGGCCUACAGCUCUGCCUACAUGGCUGCCCACGCAGCGAGCUCAUCAACGCUCACAUCCUGGGCCGAGGGCAGUGGAAGGUAGAGAGCGACGGACAGGUGCAUCCGGGUCGCACCGACCUGCUCGAGCGCACCUCCAGAUGCAGGGAGACUCUGCAGGUCGAAGACGUUUACUUCCAGUCGUGCGUCUUUGACGUCCUCACAACAGGAGACGUGCAGUUCUCCAUGGCGGCGUUCGCAGCGCUGCAGGACCUAAAGGCUCUUCCUCCCAGCACUCUGGAGCAGAGCGCAGUCAGGACUCCGCACGUUUAUAACGGAGCAAGACAGAGCUCUUCGUCAAUCCUCGUCAUCGUCCUGCUCCUUUCGCUCAUCCUGCUGAAGACCCCGGGCUAGCAGAGAACGUCCCCUUUCUUCUCAUCUCAACUCUAAUCGUCUAUCCUUACACACUAAAGCGCUACACAGCUCACACUCGUGGUCUUCUAAACCUCCAAACUUUACAGAAAUGGAAUUAUGUUCACAUCCCGGUAUCUUGAAGAAGGCAGUACAAUCUGUGAAGGACAAGGGCAGCUAUUCGAAUCUAAUCAGCUCGGACGUUACGCGUAACAACACUGAUCACGUUCCUGGAGGAUAUUCACGAGGUUUAGAUGCGUCGCGGACACGCGUCACUCAGUUUUCUGGGCUUGAACACGGCACUUAAUGCUGCUCCUUUUUUAUAUAUAUAAUAAACGCAUUAACAACAACGUGGGAUCCAACAACUACAUGAAAAUACUACCUACCCAUAGAGUUCUACAGGUACAGUAUAAAACACCAGGUACAAAAUACAAACAAGUCCCCGAGCCGCCUCGGUUCCCGCAUUACCGUUUUACGGCUAAAGAAACAAAUUCUUUAUAUAAUAAUAUAUUGAAAGUGUGUAUAUAUGUGUGUAUAAUGUGUACAUUCUCCUGUGUAUAGAUGAUUUGUAAAUGUAAUGUUUUUGCAGCCGUUCUUUUUUUAAUAUUAAUAUUAUUUUUAAUCGUCAGAAUGAACUAAUAUGUAACCUCGGUUUUUCCAUAUUAAAAUAAGUCGUCACUCCA